CUAUUCUGGCCCGUGAUUUGUUAUUCUCCUUUAACAUCCCACUCUCAUGAUUAUAGUCUAGUUUGACUUGCAGCAUUUUAUGACAAAACAAAUUCCGUCUCCUCAGUUCUCAACUAUCCAAAUUCCGGGAUACACAUUGAUGUGCCGCCCAAGACCCUUUCUUGGCAACCCGAAUUACCGUAUCAUCUUGCCGUAAGAAGGCAUGGAUAGAUACCAGCCCCAUCCGCCUUUUCACUCUUGUUCUCGGAUCCUACAUACCUCAUUUACAUAUCGUGGUAGUCAAAUAGUAUAUCCAGGAUGGCCGCCGUGGAUGCAGCUUGACCGAACGCUUUUAGGGCUGACGUACCUAGGAACUUCGUCGCUAGUCCAACCACAUCCAGACUGGGACCUCUUAGUCCCCGACUGACAUCACCAUUAUUAUCCUUGUUCCCUUGUUCCCUUGCUCCCCUUAUUAGCGGCAGAGAGUGUGGCCUCGCAGCUAGGUUUGUCCGGCUUCUCAUCUCACAAUAUGCUUUUCGUACUAGGUCUAAGUAGGUACAUAUUCCUGUAUUGUAACUCUCAUGUUACGCCAUUCAGACUUUACAGUCGUCCCAAUUGAAAUUUAUAUAUAUAUAUAUAUUACCUACGAUAUCCUCACCCCUGCAGAAUCGUGAAACUACCCUCUAAGCUUAGCAACCAUCAUCUCUUGUGUAAUAAGGCAAUUUUAUCAUCACCACCACCAGCUAUGCCAUCUAUUGUCGAGUCACCGUAUGAGCCUCAGAUACCCAACCCGGAGUACAGGUUAGAAAAGGGUGCUGGCCUAACCGCGGGACGACGUUCAAAUGUUGAUAUUACUGACAUACGGCAAACCGCCGUCGAAAUUAACCUAAAAGAGGAAAUCCAUAAGUUACUGCGCCCUCAGGAGGGACCCCGGAAAUUACCGACCUUGCUACUCUAUGACGAGAAAGGUCUACAACUAUUUGAAAAGAUCACAUAUUUAGAAGAGUACUAUUUAACAAAUUAUGAGAUCCAAGUCUUGCGGCGUUCGGCUAUUGCCAUUGCUAAGUCAAUUCCGUCCGGAUCUUUGGUGCUCGAGUUAGGCAGCGGCAACUUGAGGAAGGUUACUCUUUUGCUUCAAGCCCUCGACGACGCCGGCAAGAAGAUCGAUUAUUAUGCUCUUGAUUUGUCAGAAGAUGAGUUGUCAAGAACUCUAGCUCAAGUCCCAAAUUUCCGUCAUGUCCGGUGUCACGGAUUAUUAGGAACAUACGAUGACGGCCGUGAAUGGUUAAGGAGGCCGCAGAUCGCCCCCAAGCGAAAAUGUGUUUUAUCUCUUGGGUCUAGCAUUGGUAACUUCCACCGGGACGAAGCAGCCUCGUUCCUGAGAGGGUUCGCCGAUGUUCUCCAGCCAGCGGAUAGCUUUCUGAUUGGGUUGGACUCCUGCACAGAUCCCUCCAAAGUCUAUCACGCAUACAACGACAGACACGGCAUCACGCAUAGGUUCCUCCUGAAUGGACUCUCUCAUGCAAAUGAAGUUCUUGGACAUAAGGCAUUUGACCUUGAUGACUGGCAGGUCAUUGGUGAAUACGUCUAUGACAUCGAAGGAGGACGCCACCAAGCAUUCUACUCGCCACCACGAGACACUGUAGUCUUGGGAGAGACGGUCAAGGCCCAGGAACGUAUCCAAGUCGAACAGAGUCUAAAGUACUCGGAAGAGGGCUACAGGAAUUUAUGGCGGUCUGCUGGCAUGGUCGAAGCUGAUCGCUGGAUGACCGAAGAAGAAGACUACGGUCUUCAUCUUCUAACCAAGCCAAACAUGAACUUUAGCCCUAACCCUUCGCAAUAUGCCCGCUCUCACAUCCCAUCUCUGGGGGACUUUGAGGGUCUAUGGGAUACAUGGGAUAUCGUCACUAGACGCAUGUUGCCUAACGAGGAGCUAUUAGACAAGCCCAUCAAGCUUCGGAAUGCAUGCAUUUUCUACCUUGGUCAUACCCCCACGUUCCUUGAUAUUCAAUUGACCAAGACCACCAAGAAUCCUCUUACAGAACCAGCUUUCUACUCCACAAUCUUCGAGCGAGGGAUAGACCCAGACGUUGAUAACCCGGAUAUCUGCCAUCAACAUUCGGAAAUUCCAGACGAAUGGCCACCUGUCGAGGACAUCAUAGAGUACCAGGAACGGGUACGGGAUAGGCUAAGAAGCAUUUAUUCCGUUGGUCUAGAGAAUAUCCCUAGAAAUGUCGGAAGAGCUAUUUGGGUGGGUUUCGAGCACGAAAUCAUGCAUUUGGAGACACUACUCUAUAUGAUGCUACAGAGUGACAAGACUCUCCCGCCGCCUCAUACAAAGCGGCCGAACUUCGAAGCUCUAGCUCAGGAUGCCUACGCGGCGAGAGUCAGCAAUGAUUGGUUUGAUAUACCUGAGCAAGAGCUCACAAUCGGACUCGACGACCCCGAUCAUGUGCAAAACUCAACUAAUCACUUCGGAUGGGACAAUGAGAAGCCACCUAGGCGCGUACGAGUACACGGCUUCCAAGCUAAGGGAAGGCCUAUUACUAACGACGAGUACGCGCUAUAUGUGUACAAUACCAAGACAGAAAACCCUCCUGCCUCUUGGGCCGACGAGGGCCUAAACCAUAAUGAUGGCUCUAAUGGCUCUAAUGGCCAUGAAGUCAAGGAAACAAACGGCCAUAGCAACGGAGCCAGUAGCCAGCAAACUAUUCCUGCAUCAUUCUUGGAGGGUAAGAGCGUGCGUACGAUCUAUGGGCUGGUACCGCUUAAGUAUGCGCUCGACUGGCCAGUACUUGCAUCCUAUGAUGAGCUCUCAGGAUGUGCUACAUGGCUAGGAGGCCGAAUCCCCACGUUCGAGGAAGCUCGGAGUAUCUACUUUUAUGCUGAUAGCAUGAAGAGGAAAGUAGCAGAACGCCAGCUAGGCAGCACUGUCCCGGCAGUCAAUGCCCACUUGGUCAAUGACGGCGUUGAGGAAACCCCACCAUCAAGUACUGCACAGGCCGUCGAUGGCGGUUCAUCUGAAAAUGACGAACUGUUCAUCGACCUCGGCGAUGCUAAUGUGGGCUUCCGCCAUUGGCAUCCCGUGGCCGUGACCGCUCACGGCAACCGCCUUGCGGGCCAGGCUGAGAUGGGAGGCGUAUGGGAGUGGACCAGCUCCCCGCUCAGGCCGCACGAGGGUUUCCAACCUUUAACCCUCUAUCCAGGGUAUACGGCCGAUUUCUUUGAUGAGAAGCAUAAUAUCGUACUUGGCGGGUCCUGGGCUACCCACCCUCGUAUCGCGGGAAGGAAGACAUUUGUAAACUGGUACCAGCGCAACUACUUGUACGCUUGGGUCGGCGCGAGACUCGUCCGCGACCUCUAAGAAAGGAGCUAGCUAGUGAGACAGUCUGCCCUAGUAGUUCAGGACAUUAACCCAGUUCCAACAACUGGUAAAAUUCAGCCAAAUUCCACUCACUCAUACACCAAAAUGGUGUGUGUACCGCGGCGUCUAGAGCGGAUUCAACAUCCACUCAGCAACCUGCAGUCAACCAGCUAUCUAUCCAGCACAGUACAGUAUCAAUCUAUAAGGAAUCCCUCCUACUUCAGGGACGCAAUAGGAAAAGGUAGGGGUAUGUGG